GAGAGAGAGAGAGAGAGAGAGAGAGAGAGAGAGAGAGAGACUCUACAGGAGCACUUUUGUUUACUCACAUGACUCAAACACAGAACCAGAAAACAGGAAUCACGUGAGUUCAGGGAAAGAGAAACUGCAGUUUAGUUGAGCUGUUGUGUGUUUUGUGUCUCUGUAUUCAUUCAGUAAAAUGGCUGAAGCCAGAGUUUCUCAGGAUGAGUUCUUGUGUCCAGUGUGUCUGGAUCUCCUGAAGGAUCCAGUGACCAGUUCCUGUGGACACAGUUACUGUAAGAUCUGUAUUACAGACUGCUGGGAUCAGGAGGAUCAGAAGAGACUCUACAGCUGUCCUCAGUGCAGACAGACCUUCAGUCCAAGACUUGCUUUAUCUAGAAACACCAUGCUGGCUGAAGUGGUGGAGAAACUGAAGAAGACCAGACUCUCUGAUGACUGUUACGCUGGAGCUGGAGAUGUGCAGUGUGACGUCUGUACUGGAAGAAAAUACAAAGCCAUCAAGUCCUGUCUGAUGUGUCUGAACUCUUACUGUCAAACUCAUUUUGACCGUCAUGAGGAGUUUCAUUCACGUAAGCCGCACAAAGUUAUUGAUGCCACUGGACGACUGCAGGAGAUGAUCUGCCAGAAACAUGAGAAGAUCCUCGAGGUUUUCUGUCGCACUGACCAGAAAUGUAUAUGUGUGCUGUGUACGAUGGAUGAACAUAAAAACCACGACACUGUAUCAGCUGCCGCACAGAGGACAGAGAAACAGAAGCAGCUGAAGGAGACACAGAAGACGCUCCAGCAGAGAAUCCAGCAGAGAGAGAAAGAUCUCCAGCAGCUGAGAGACACUGUGGAGUCUCAUAAGCGCUCUGCACAGACAGCAGUGGAGGACAGUGAGAGGAUCUUUACUGAGCUCAUCCGCUCCAUUGAGAGAAGCCGCUCUGAGCUGAUACGACUGAUCAGAGAUCAGGAAAAGACUGCAGUGAGUCGAGCUGAAGAACGACUGGAGCGACUGGUGCAGGAGAUCAAUGAUCUGAGGAGGAGAGACGCUGAGCUGGAACAGCUUUCACACACACAGGAUCACAUCCAGUUCCUGCAGAGUUUCCAGUCUCUCUCAGCACCCCCUGAAUCUACAGACGUAAAUGAUGAUCUCUUCAGUUCUCUUGUCUCUUUUGAUGAUCUGAGAGAAUCUGUCCAUCAGCUCAGAGACAAACUGGAGGAUUUCUGUAAAGAGGAGCUCAAGAAGAUCUCAAACAGAGUCACAUUCACCAGCAUUGUUCCCAGAACCAGGAAGGACUUCCUACAAUAUUCCCAUCAGCUCACUCUGGAUCCGAACACAGUGAAUAAAAACCUCCGUCUGUCUGAGAACAACAGACUGAUUACUGCCACUGACUCACUUCAGCCGUAUCCUGAUCAUCCAGACAGAUUUGAUAAUGUGUGUCAGGUGUUGUGUAGAGAGAGUGUGUGUGGACGCUGUUACUGGGAGAUUGAGUGGAGUGGAGAUAAAGGUGUGUUUAUAUCAGUGUCAUAUAAGAGCAUCAGCAGAAAGGGAUGUAGUAAUGAGUGUUUCUUUGGAAAUAAUGAUCAGUCUUGGAGUUUGUUCUGCUCUCCCUCCAGUUACUUAUUCAUACACAAUAACAUUGAGACUGAUGUCUCUGUGAAGUCCAUCAGCAGUAGAAUAGGAGUGUUUGUGGAUCACAGUGCAGGAACUCUGUCCUUCUACAGCGUCUCUGACACAAUGAGCCUCAUCCACACAGUCCAGACCACAUUCACUCAGACGCUCUAUCCUGGGUUUAGCUUUGGAUCUAGAUCUGAAUCUAGGUUUAUUUUUGGAUCUGGAACUGGAUUUGGCUCUGGAUCUGCAUCUGGGUUUAGUUUUGGAUCUGGAACUGGAUCUGGAUCUGAAUCUGGGUUUGGAUCUGGAAAUAAAUCUGGGUUAAGUUUUGAAUCUGGAACUGGGUUUGGAUCUAGAUCUGGAACUGGGUUUAGGUUUGGAUCUGGAACAGAAUCUGGGUUAAGUUUUGUAUUUGGAACUGGGUUUGGAUCUGGAACUCGCCUUGGAUCUGUAACUGAAUCUGGGUUAAGUUUUGGAUCUAGAACUGGAUCUGGACCUGGGUUUGGAUCUGGAUCUGAAUCUGGAUUAAGUUUUGGAUCUGGAACUGGUUCUGGAUCUGGGUUUGGAUCUGGAACUGAAUCUGGGUUAAGUUUUGGAUCUGGAACUGGGUCUGAAUCUGGAACUGGGUUUGGAUCUGGAUCUGAAUCUGAGUUAAGUUUUGGAUCUGGAACUGGUUUUGGAACUAUAUCUGGGUUUAGAUUUGGAUCUGAAUCUGGGUUUGGAUCUGGAUCUGAAUCUGGGUUAAGUUUUGGAUCUGGAACUGGGUUUGGAUCUGGAACUGAAUCUGGGUUAAGUUUUGGAUCUGGAACUGGGCUUACGUUUAGAUCUAGAUCCGGGUUUACUGUUUGUUCUGGAUCAUCAGUGAAACUGUGUUGGUAAUUGAGAAAAGACUGAUAAGUGAUUCUACGCAUAAUGCUUUAAGCAGCUUGAUGAAUCAGUAACAGUGAGAUGGUAUGGUCUCUUCUUUUCUCUUCAUGACAUUAAUACUGCAGCGGAACUUUUGUCACCGAAAUAACAUGAAUCAGAAUAAAUGUAAUAAAUCUUCAUACAGACAGUAUGAUCAGUGUGUGUGAGUCGUGCUAAGUGCCAAUGUGUUUCUGUACAUUUCUUAAACUAUUAGUUUUUAUUGUAGUGUGUUACAACCCUUCUUUUGCUCUUCUUUUGUGUCUAGGGAUUAAGAAGGGGAACAUUGGACCAGUUCAGACCAUUACCAUCUUCACACUAGGUGUGAAUGAAAGUAUCUAAGAAAAAUGUGAAAAGGAAAACAUAUUCAAUGUCUGAGGCAUUGUAACUCAAUUACACUAACUAACCAAACAAAAAAUAUAGUCCCUAACCUAGUGUGUCUAGACAACUAAAUCAAACUACAUGUGCACCAUGUAAGUCACAUUACA